AUGUUUCAUGUUGGUGUUCGUCCGAGUUUUAUAUCAUUGAGUUGUUUAGUUGCUUGUUUUGUUAACACCCAUCACCCCGAAUUUGCACCCAGGGUAUUGGGGUUGUUGUUAAAGCGUGGAUUUCAGUUGAGUCCGUAUGUUCUGAAUCUUACAUUGAAGGGUUUGUGCGCUAACGAUGAGGUUAACAAGGCAAUGGAGUUGUUUCGUGUAACGGGAAGAAAUUAUGUAACCCCGGAUAUUGUUAGUUACAACACUCUUAUAAAUGGACUUUGCAGGGCUAAAAUUUUGAAAGAAGCAACGGAGUUGCUGGUUGAUAUGGAAUUGUCUGAAUCUGACCCGAAUGUGAAGACAUACAGCACUUUGAUCAAUGGAUUUUGCAAGGAUUGGAGUUUUGAUAUAGGCAAAGAAAUUUUUGAUGAGAUGUUAAAGAAGGGUAUUCCUCCUAAUGUGAAGGGAUACAAAAGCCAUGGAGCUAUUCAGUCUAAUGUUAUCGAGGGUGAAGAGCCUAACACUGUAACGUACAAUGUUAUGAUUGAUGGACUGUGCAAGAAAGGUUUGGUGGACGAGGCUUUUAAGAUUUUCGAAAUGAUGAAGGGUAAGGGGAAGCAGCCUGAUACAAUUACAUACAACAUGUUACUGAUGGGACUUUCUUGUCAUGUGAAGGUAGAUGAGGCAAUGAAACUUUUCAGUGUGAUAUCAAAGGAUGAGAACCUUCUUGAGCCAGAUGAAGGAUUUGUGGGCAAGGCCAUAAAAUUCUUGAGACAUGCACUUGACUUGGGAUUGGUUCUGAACGGAAUUACUUAUGGUGUCUUGAUCAAUGGGUUUUGCAAAACUCACAUGCUUAGGUUUGCAAAAGGACUCUUUAGUCAAAUGAGAGCUGCUGGGGUUAGUCCUACUGUGAUUGACUACAACGUUUUGAUGGUACCCUUGUGCAAGGAGAACAUGAUUGCUUGUGGUGUUGAACCUGAUGCCUUUGUUUUCGAUUCUUUACUAAAGGGCUAUUGUUUAAAGGGUGACACAGAAGAAAUCGUUAAUUUGCUUCAUCAGAUGGCAGACAAGGGUGUUGUUCUUGACUCAGAAAUAACUUCUACUAUCUUGGAAUGCCUUAGUGAAAUCUCUGAUGAUGUUGAUGUGAUGAAGAUUCUUCCAACUUUUUCCCAAGAAACAUCAAAAGGAGCCAGCAUUACCUGCGAUGAGCUAUUGGUGAAACUCAAUAACUCUCACCCAGAACUUAGAUUAUAUGCUGCUUGA